AGCAGCUCCCCCCUUCCCCAAGGGGUCAACGUCGCCCGGGUCGACUACACUGAUCCGACGAAUAUCAGUACUCUCAUUGAUACCCUCCGGACUCAACAAGCCCUAAUCAUCACCAUGAGCCACCAAGCCCCGCCCACCACCAUCCUCCACCUGAUCCGCGCCGCCGCGCAAGCCCGGGUUCCUUACGUCCAACCGAGCUGGUGGGGCCACGAUCCCUCCCACGAAUCCGUCUGGCGCGACAGCAACCUCUCUACCCGGCGCGACAAAGUUCUCUCCGAAAUCCAAUUCCUGGGGGUCAGUCACUACCUCCUGCUGGUGUGCAACUUCUGGUACGAGUGGAGUCUGGGCGGCGGGCCGAACCGGUUUGGCUUCGACUUCCCGCGGCGUAAAGUGACCUUCUUCGACGGUGGACUCGAGCCCAUCAACACCACCACCUGGCCGCAGGUCGGGCGCGCCCUGGCCCGCUUGCUCAGCUUGAAGGAAUUGCCCCAGGACGAGUCGGAUCCGGCGCCGACCUUGAGCAAAUUCCGGGAUGGCGCAGUCUAUGUGUCCAGUUUCCGGCUGACCCAGAGGGAGAUGUUUGAGAGUGUCAAGCGGGUCACCAAGACGCAGGAUCAAGAUUGGACGGUGAUGGAGGAGUCGGCGGUGGAGCGCUAUGAGCAGGCCCAGAAGAAUUUGCAGGUGAAGCUGGAUCUGAAUGUCUACACAAAGAUGCUGUAUAGUCGUAUUUUCUUCAAGGAUGGUGGCGGCGAUUAUGAGUCGACGCGCGGGUUGGAUAAUAUCAAGUGGAACGAGGGCUUGGCAUGA